AUGGCGGCAGUGAAGACCCUAAAUCCUAAGGCUGAGGUGGCCCGGGCACAGGCAGCGCUGGCGGUGAAUAUCAGCGCGGCUCCGGGCCUGCAGGAUGUUCUGAGGACCAACUUGGGGCCUAAGGGCACCAUGAAGAUGCUUGUAUCUGGUGCUGGAGACAUCAAACUCACUAAAGACGGCAACGUGCUGCUUCAUGAAAUGCAAAUUCAACACCCAACAGCCUCUUUGAUAGCGAAAGUGGCUACAGCCCAGGAUGACAUAACUGGUGAUGGCACUACAUCCAAUGUCCUCAUCAUCGGGGAGCUGCUCAAACAGGCAGACCUCUACAUUUCUGAAGGUCUUCAUCUAAGAAUAAUAACUGAAGCAACUCAACUGAAUGGCCCCACCUGCAAGAUUUAA